AUGCUCUCAAUACACAUGCAAGACGCGUUCGUCGUGGCCAGCUCAGUGCACACCCAAAGUGUCACGAACGUAGAAGGCCAGCGGUCUGAGGCUGCGGCUCGAGACCCUGACGCUAAUAUAUUCAUUCCCAACAUGCAAUCCUUAAAGUUUCAGGUUGAAAACAAUGAAGUGCUGAAUUUCACCCAAGAUACGCUAUCGUUUGCCGGUGUAUUGGCAGCAGAUCUCACGGGCUUGGGGCCCCAGUGUUGUUUCAGAAGUUCUGUCUUCUUCGGAGGUUCGAUUCGCUAUUCGAAGGGCUGGCUUGAUCUGGCCGAUGAUGAGCUGCGACGACUCCUUUGGUCGCAGCUCACAAUAGCCAUGAAUCCUAACAGCCCACUUAAAUCCAUCAAUAGGUUUUCGCGGGGUCGCUCCGUUGAUGAUGUUUCGCUAGUCCCUGGGGUUUAUAGUUGGCGCCUCCCCGGGUGGCUGCGCCUGCUGCCGCGUUCGACCUUAUUAUUUGAAAAAAGGUCAAGUCCCUUUCUCCAGCCAUUCAAGAUGUCUGUAGUGUGCCAAUAUAAGCACUUGCUUCACCUUCUGUGCUGGUGUCUUCUGUUUGUUUUCUUAUGCUCCUCUGAACCCAUUCGAACCCAACCGUUCAACCAGGGACCCUACCGCUUCUCCGCGGCGCAGCUCAGCUUAACUGGGGGCCACUCAAAAAGCACAGCAAAUGCUUCCCUUUCUCUGAAUACUUCGAGUGACAAGGGCGAAACACCACGCAUUCCGAAAGAAUCAAGCAGCAGCAGCAGCACACGGAGCCACAACAGCACGAAAAAUGCCACACAACAAAAAUCAGCUGUAUCAGAUCCCUUCUCAGCUGCGCAAAUGCUCACCAGAGAAGAUUACAAAACACAACUGACAGCCAAGGUGCACUUGAGGAACGUUCGCGGCCUAGAAGACGAAGCCCGAGAAAUAGACUCCACAACAGAGGUAGCAGCAACCCCAACCGCAAAACCAGGACAGACGAGGAAAAGCUCCCUCAGUAGUUCACAUUCCCCUGGGUCUUUCCUAAGCUAUGUGGGAAACUCGCUUCUCGAGGUUUCUUCUAAUGAGGCCCCUGUAGGCUCUCAUCAGCCAGAGGAGGAAGAGGUCCUCCUGCAGUUGCCUACCCGUUACACUUCUGCCAGCGUACAGCCGCAUUUUCCCGUAUUUCCUGAAUUCUUCCUAGAUGAAGUAAAUCUGCGGGUCAAAGAAGAUGAACUAGGCGGAAAGGAACAUCCUACUGAGACUUCUGCAACCGUUGUUGCUGCUGUUGGUGAAGGCCUGCAUGGCAACACUGCAGGGGACUCUGCUGCCUCUUUGGUGCAGGCGUCGGCAACUGCACAUGAAUCUACGGAAUCAGCAAAGACGAAAAAGGAGAGCGAAGAGGAAGCAGAGGAGGAGGAGGAUAAGGAAGAAAGUGAGCAUCCCUCAAAGACAGCCUCUGCUGAAGAAGAGGCGCUACAGACCGGGGCAGAAUCAGCAGAGACGAAAUCCAAACAUUCACACGAGCUCCCAGAGACGGAAUCAACCAAAGAAGAACCCAAACAUAAAGAGGAAGAGGUCAAGGAACCUGUUACCCCUCUAGCCACACCAGCUAAGGCCCAUGAGGGUGCAGCAUCGCACAAGGAAGAUUCAAGCAUCAGCAGCAGCAGCAAACAAGCAGGCUCCAAAGCAGAGUCACAAGAGGGAGAGGAGGAAGAGCCGCAAAGCAUAAAGGAAAGCCAACAAGCAACUUCACGAGCACCGACGUCAGAGAAAGAAGGAAAAAGCGAAGAGGAAAAUGAAGAAGAAACCCACAAGGAACACCACCGUGCGAAAACCCGUGUAGCCGAACAGGCAUCGCAGAAGGCUGGGGAGACUGCGAAAGAACACGAAGAAGGUGAAGAAAAGGAGAAAGAAGAAAAGGAGAAAGAAGAGGAAAAAGAAGAGGAAAAGGAAGAGGAAAAGGAAGAGGAAAAGGAAGAGGAAAAAGAAGAAAAGAAAGAAGAGGAAAAAGAAGAAAAGAAAGAGGAAAGCCACAAAGAAGCUCCUCGACCCGUGCAAACACUGCAGAAAGGCAAGGAGGAGGCAAAAGAAGAAGUGAAGAAAGAGGCAAAAGAAAAGACAAAAGAGGAAAAGGAGAAGGAAGAAAAAGAAAAAGAGGAAGAAAAGGAAAGACACAAAAAGGAACUGGCGGAGAAAGCAACUAGACUUGCAAACCUUCAGCGCAUGGAGCAAGAGGCCCUCGUAAAGCUGCACCUGCUGGGAGAGGGCGGCCCCCGUGGUAACGUGUCAACUCCCUUGGGGGCCUCUGCCAUGAGUGUGCAAGAUGCUGAGCAGCACCGGCAAUUAGAAGAAGCAACAAAGACAGCCCAGCAUCUGGCUGCUCAUUUGCGAGUUCAACACGAACUAAAACAGAGAGAAAUGGAAAUCAAGCAAAAAGAAAUCGCCCACCUCAACCUCCUCAAACACAUGCAAGUCCUCAUGCAGUCAACCGUCUCCGGAAUUUGGGGGAAACUCACAAAUGUGCAAAAUACUUUGAAGCGCCUCGUAUCAGAGAGCGAAGACGUAAACAAGCUAUUUUUGAAGGAGACGGGCAACAGAGUGUUGAGGCCACAAGAAGUUCCCGAAGCGGAAACUUCAGAAAAAGAGCAGAGAGAACAAAUGAUGAUUGCCAAAAAGACAGGCAAAUCUCCCUUAGACUGCCCCAUUGAAUGCGCCCCCAGAAGCUGCGACAACAAGCCGACCACCCCCACUCAUUGCUUUAGAUACGACCUUGUGGCUGGAGGCGGCGGCUUUAGGACUUGUGCACCUUUCCAAGAUGAGGCAACGGCUACCUGUCCUGAGUCCUACACCCGAUGUGCCAUGGCUGCCCCUGUGCGAGGACGGGAGUACGAACUUCUGGUGUCUCCCCCCGACAACCCUUUGCCACAGGCGUUGUUUAUAAAAGGCAGCAACAUGCACAGUUGUUUGCGUUUGCUGGCCGUACACGAGAAUACCCAAUGCAACCCAACAGACCCAGAAGCCGUUUCCGCCUUCUUAAAGGAUACGCAAAACACUUCUAAGAUGCCGCCGCCAACAGUAUUGACUGGUGGUGUUGUCUUCGAGAAUAUUGAGAUACCUAAACCCGGCCGCUACAAGCUGUGCCUGCUGCAGUAUUGGAUUCCCCCCAAGCGGGCUGCUGCAGCUGCUGCAGCAGCACCAGCAGCACCAGCAGCAGAAGCACCAGUAACAGCAAAAGCAGGUGUACCAGCAGCUGCAGCAGCUGCAGCAGCUGCAGCAGUACCAGCAGCAGAUAAAGACCAGGCUGUAGUACUAGGAGCAGAAGAAAUAGGGUAUGUGCAUGUACUAGAGGCCAAAGAAAGAAAGAAGGCGCCUAGUGAGCAGCAAUCGGAGAAAGAGGCAUCGAAAAUCGAAGAGGAAACAGAGAAGGCAGUAAAGGAAGAAACAGAGGAGGAAAAGGCAGAAGCAAAAGAGAAGGAAAAAGCGGAAGGAAAAGAGGAGCGCCUCACUCCCAAUGAAGAAGAAGAAGAGGAAGAACCCGAAGGAUCAUCAGCACAAUCAAAAGAGCACAAUGAAUCAAAAAAGUCCCAGAAAGAAGAGACGCAUGCAGAGAGUAAAGACCACCACAAGGCAACAGAAACAGAAUCAGAGCAUCCCCACAAAGAGGAGAAGCAUGCAGAAAGCAAACAGUCCCAUAAAGACGAAACGCAUGCAGAAAGCAAACAGUCCCAUAAAGACGAAACGCAUGCAGAGUCUAAAAGCCAGCCCCAUAAAGGGACGCAUGCAGAGUCUACAAAACAGCAAAAGGAAGAAGAAGAGGAGGAGCAUACAAAAGCUCAAAGCACACACUCAGAAUAA